UGGAAAUACCGCUUCUUCUUCCUCCCAUCCCUAUCGAAUGGGUUCGAAAUACUCUGUCGACGCUGUCACAGCCGCUAGAAGUCUCCAAAUAUUUACGUCCAUAUACGCGUCGAUGGCUACAUUUUGGACAUACGACUAUGUCUGCUCAAUCAGCGAGGAGGGAAUAUUUUUGCUUUAUUCCCGCUGGAACAGGGUCAAAUUUUUGUACAUUGUGACACGAUAUGUGCCUUUCCUUCUUUUUGUUGCGCACUUGUAUUUGAACUUCGUCCCAGAUGAGACUUCCAAUACAUGCCAAUUUGUUAACAACAUUUGUUCAGUUUUUAGCCUGAUACCCAUUGUCUGCUCAGAAUAUUUCUUCAUCCUCAGGACUUGCGCUAUAUGGAAUAACAAUAAGAUCGUUUGGGUAGCUACGCUAUCAACUUUUGCAGCUGUAAUUGUGGGAUCUAUGGUUGCCCUAUUUUCCGCCACUGCGACUGCGCCGUUUGAGACUAGCUCAAUUCCAAGCAUCACAGGCUGUUAUCAGUCCUCAGGAAGUGUCAGGCUUUUUGUCCCUUUCCUUCUUUUGUUCGGAGUAGAAUUGAUGCUGAUUUCGCUCAUGCUCACACGCGCCAUACGAAACUGGCGUACAACCGACAGCCGUCUGUAUGUUGUUAUAUUGAGACACAACGUGCUUUAUUAUGCAUGUGUUUUCUCGACCAUGAACAUUCUGGCAUCGCUGCUACUCGAUUAUGCGUAUAGCGGCAUGUUCCAAGAUUUCCAAAUCAUCAUUCAUGCCAUACUCGCCACUCGAAUGCACCUCCAUCUGUGGCAUGCCGACCGCAAUCGUGAUUGUGAUGUCUUGGAUGCAAUUUCUCUCUCUCAGUUGGCGCCCGCAUCCCAUGUUGAGUCAGCCUGACCAUUAGCGUAUUUGCUCUCGCAGGGCGGUCUGGGAAGAUUGCGAUGCCCGGCGAGAUCGGAUCAUCACCUGCGAUGUUGUGAUGGGGCAACUCAUGCACGCAUCUGAAGUGGCUCCUGGAGUGCCUCAGACGAUUCUCGUUGAAUGGUCCGUCAGGAGCGACUGAGGUUGGACUCG